AUGGAGCCGGUGCCUGGAGUCAGUGCCUGGGACUUGGGGGUCAUCGGGGGAUACUUCAUGGUCAUCCUCAUUGUGGGGCUGUGGUCUCUCCGCAAGGGCUCCCGUGGAACCGUCUCAGGCUAUUUCCUGGCUGGAAGAAGCAUGAGCUGGGCCCCUGUUGGUGCCUCUCUCUUCGCCAGCAAUAUUGGCUCCGGUCACUUUGUGGGUCUGGCCGGGACUGGGGCAGCCGGAGGCAUCGCAGUGGGAGGCUUCGAAUGGAGUGGCAUGUUCAUUGUGCUGCUGCUGGGCUGGGUGUUCGUCCCCAUCUACCUGCGGGCAGGGGUCUCCACUAUGCCUCAGUACCUUCAGCUCCGCUUUGGGGGUCGUCGCCUUCGUCUCCUCCUGUCCCUGCUCUCCCUGGGCCUCUACAUCAGCACCAAGAUCUCGGUAGACAUGUUCUCCGGUGCCCUCUUCAUCCGCGAGGCUCUGGGCUGGGACCUUUACCCCUCGGUGGGGGCUCUGCUGGCAGUGACUGCGCUCUACACAGUCACCGGGGGGCUGACCGCUCUGAUGUACGCGGACCUGGUGCAGACCCUGCUCAUUGUGGGCGGGGCCUCAGUGCUGGCUGGAUACGCCCUGUCCGCCGUGGGUGGUCUCCCCGGUCUCCGCGCUCGCUACCCAUUGGCUGCGGCGCACAACGUGACCGCCCCCUGCCGGCUGCCACGUGACGAUGCCUUCCGCCUGCUGCGCGGUCCUAGUGCCGACCUGCCCUGGCCGGGGCUGGUGCUGGGGCUGGGGGUGCUGGCGGCCUGGUACUGGUGUACGGACCAGGUGAUCGUGCAGCGCUGUCUGGCUGCUCGCUCCUUGGCUCACGUCAGAGCCGGAUGUGUCCUCUGCGGGUACCUGAAGGUGCUGCCAAUGUUCCUGAUGGUGCUGCCGGGGAUGGCGGCGAGGGUCCUGUUCCCUGAGGUCGUGGGGUGCGCGGACCCCCAAAGCUGCCUCCAGGCCUGUGGGUCCCCAUCCGGCUGCUCCAAUGUGGCCUAUCCCCGGCUGGUGCUGAGCCUGCUGCCCCCAGGGCUCCGUGGUCUGAUGCUCGCCGUGGUCCUCGCUGCCCUCAUGUCCUCCUUGGCCUCCAUCUUCUCCAGUGCUGGGACCCUCUUCACCCUCGACAUCUACAAGCACCUCCGGCCCCAAGCUGGGCCCAGGCACCUGCUCAUGGUCGGGAGGUUAUGGGUCCUGGUGCUUGUGGGGCUGAGCCUGGCCUGGCUGCCGGUGGUAGAGGCCGCGCGGGGGGGGCAGCUCUUUGACUACAUCCAGGCCAUGGGCAGUUACGUGGCCCCCCCCGUUGCUGCCGUCUUCGUCCUGGCCAUCUUCUGCCCCCGCGUCAAUGAGCCCGGCGCGUUCUGGGGCCUGCUGGGGGGCCUCGCCGUGGGGCUGUCCCGCCUGGUGCCGGAGGUGGCGCUGGGGGGGGGGGGCAGCUGUGGGGCAGUUGGGGGGUGCCCCACAUGGAUCUGUGGCCUCCAUUACCUUCACUUUGGGGCCCUCCUGUUCCUGCUGACUGCGAUGGGGGUGAUGGGGGUGUCAUGGGGGUACCCCCCCAUAAACAGGGACCACCUCCAUCGCUUGGUCUUCAGCCUCCGCCAUAGCCGAGAGCCUCGAAUUGACCUGGAGCCAACGGAGCCCAAGGGGGGGAACCUGCAGCUGCAGGGUGAGCGACCCACAAGUCCUGAAGACCCCGUAUGGAAGCGGGUGGUGAACGUCAAUGCACUCAUCCUUAUGGCAGUGGCUGUCUUCCUAUGGGGCUACUUUGCAUAG